UUCUAUGAAAAACAUGUCAUUGAUUUAUAUAUUAUUUUUCAGGAAAAGGUUCAUCAUGACUGGAUGUUCAAGUUAGUUGGCUCAGAAGUAUUUCAAAUUGGUGACACUAAAUGUGUUAUCAAAAUUGAACCUGUUGGAGGUUUCUCUUAUGAAUACUCCCUUGAGGUAAAUGGCAAAAGUUAUAAGAAGUUUACAGAGAACCAGAGUAAAAUACUGAAGACAUGGCUGUUGCCACUGGAAGGUUCAUACAUGCGAGUGGUCCUGGAGAAAGACACUUUGGAUGUUUGGGUUAAUGGGAAGAAAUUAGAUACUGCAGGUGAGUUUGUAGACGAUGGCACUGAAACUCACUUCGAUCUUGGAGGCCAUCCAGCAUACAUAAAGGCUGUGAGCAGUGGCAACCGAAGGGAAGGCAUCAUUCACUCACUUAUCGUUGACAAUACUGAAAUACCAGAGUCAGUAGAGUAAGAGGCAUUUUACGGAGGAUCAAAUCGAAGGUUGGCAGCAGGAAAUUGUUGGCUUCAUGUGAGAAUAGCUAAUCAAUAUGUCAAGGUGAUUUUGCCCAACCAGAAUGUUUAUGGAUCUUGCCAAAAAUAGUAGACCCUUAAAGUAGGUUAUCAAAGAUUUUUAUGGAUUAAUUGAUUAGAUAUUCACCAGCACAUAACAGUGUACCUUUUUGGUUAAUUCUGGUAGAGGCUGGUAUUGGCACAAAAAGUGGCAUAUAGUGCAGGCAACAAUGCUUUAAGAAAAUGGGUUUAUUUUUCAUUUACUGUUAACCUUGCUGGCUGUGAAUAAGUACUGGUUAUUUGAAAAUGAUCUGACUAGCUCUUUAAAAGUAAGUAUUCCACAAGAUAUUGUUGUAGUUUGUUAUAAUAUCUAGCUAUAGAAAUCUCAAACAGAAUCUUGGCUUGAUUUAUAAUUGUAGUUUAAAUAGAAAGGAAAAAAUGAAGCAGUGACUAGUGCUUCUUCAGGAAGAUAAUGUAAUAUUUAUAUAUUAAAAAAAAAAAAAAAUUCUGUCAAUAUUUAUGUGGUGUCAUAUUAGUUACAAAGGAGUAUUUUUAUUUGUUAUGUUUAUAGAUCUAAUUAGAAAAUUUUGCUGUAAUCACUUAAGCGAACUUACAAAUAUGCAAAGAUUAAUAAAAGCAUAUGCUUUGUCAACUGUGUAAUGCUUUUAGAUAUGCUUAUAGUA